AUGGCUCCGGGUAAGUACGAUCGACGUAAACGCGGCCGAUGGGAGCAGUACAAUGCUGAUUAUAAUGCAGACGAUACUUCGCAGACGAGUAGUUUAGGUGAAAAAAGUAAUGCAAGUGAUACAGCUGUGCCCAAAGCAGCAAGCCACAAUUUGGAGGGGCAAGCCAUAGUGCCGCGUACGGAUGAAUUCGGAGCGAAAGAUUACAGACAGGAAAUGAAGCUGAAGCCCGAUCAUGCAUCGCGUCCACUUUGGGUUGCGCCGGAUGGCCAUAUCUUCUUAGAAUCAUUUAGUCCGGUUUACAAGCAUGCCCAUGAUUUCCUGAUUGCCGUUGCGGAGCCAGUUUGCCGGCCUGAAUUUGUCCAUGAGUACCAGCUUACGGCAUAUUCGUUGUACGCAGCUGUAUCAAUCGGUCUGCAAACCAAUGACAUUGUCGAGUAUCUUGAAAGGCUAUCGAAAUCAACGCUACCAAAAGGCAUUGUUGAGUUCAUCAAGAUGUGUACUCUGAGCUACGGCAAAGUGAAACUUGUGUUAAAAUACAAUCGUUAUUUUAUUGAGUCGCGACAUUCGGACGUCGUACAAACAUUGCUAAAAGACAAGGUGAUACAGCAGUGUCUUAUUGACGAUAAACCGAUGGGCACUACCGAUUUGCAGCAAAAAACACAUGCCUUUGUGAAUCUAGAAGAAUAUUUUCCAAUACAAUGUUUAGGACUCGAAAAUGGAGAAACUACAAAUUCCGGGCACACAAAAACAACAGGAAGAAAGCCGUAUCAAGAAAAAAGUUUACGGAAAAUGUUCGGUAACAGUCGUGCUCGUUCCGGUGUUAUUGUGCUCCCAUGCGGUGCUGGCAAAACACUGGUGGGUGUCACUGCCGCAACAACUGUCAAUAAGCGAUGUUUAGUGCUUGCAACAUCGAAUGUUUCCGUUGAACAGUGGCGGGGUCAAUUUAAGGUUUGUUUCCCCGAUAUGUUUUUGAUCGCUUUCUUUUUAUUUCAACUUUCAGAAAGCAAAAAUCGAAAUCCUUUGCCGUUUACUGUGCGAAAAAUGCAUUACUCAAAGGUAGCCCGAGUAGUUACUGGAGCUGCACAGUAG